GCUAGCAGCAUCUCUUCAUCACCUCCAUCAGCACGGAAAUGCCCUCCAUGGUACGUCAGUUUUAGUUAAGUUUAAAGUUUUAAAUAUUUGGUUAAAACAGCAACACCAACAUGACGUGUCUGUAAGAUAUAAUGGCUGAACAUCAAGGCUUGUCAGUCGUUUAAUGUUAGCUUAUUUAGCUCUUUAGCUUCAGUCCUAGGCUACUCUUAUGCAGGCCUGCUUGUUGUUUGCUAACUAGCCACAUGAUGCUACAUGAUAACGUUUUCAGACACCGUGAUUUUAAUGGUUUAGAAUUCAACGUUUUGUAGCUUGUGAUGUACUGGUAUAUAUUAUCAAUCAACUUCAUUUUGUUUUGAAAGGAGAGAGAAAAACAACAACAUGUUAAGGUAUUUAUUCAGUAACUACAGUAUAAUUAGGUUAGCCCAGUGUUCACUUAGGGACCAUCAAUAAAUAACCAUUUAUAUGACACAAACCACAUUUAUUAAAAAAAACAUUUCAACGUGUUUGCUUGGACGUUAAGCAAAAAUAAAUAAAAAGUACAAAUUAUGCUUACAAAAUAUAAUAAAUGUGUCUUCUGUAGCAACCAUUUUUUGAUUACUGGUGUGUCCUGAUAGUCAUGAAUAUUUUAAUAGAAGAUUUGUUCAGCUUUCAAUAGCUUACAUGUCACAUGAUCCAGUGACUCCAAAUCAAUGCAUCAUUGUAUUACUACAAGUAGGAGAUUGUAUAUUGUAUAUCUAUAAUAGGCAAGUUGGACACAUCUAUUUGUAUUGGAUUUUAGUGUACAUUAUAUUUAAUAUACAUAUUUUUAAUGAAAAAAGAGCACCUUUUUAAUUGAAAACGUUUUGAUCAUUUCAAUAGCUUCCAUGUAAUGUGAACUUUUUACUCAAAUUAAUGCAGACUUGUAGCACUACGCUGGACAAGUAUGACACUUAUUUUUACUUAGUAUAUUUUGAUACCUUUCUACUUUGAGCUAAGUAAAAGAUCUAACUACUUCUUCCACCAUUGACAAAAUGUGUCACCAUGUGUCCUACUCCUAUUUUGAAGUGGACUUGAUGAGUGCUCUCCUGUGAGCCUGUUACCUGGCACUUAAUCACAUGUCAGCUCUAAUCCCCUCGCAGCCCUUCCUCUGUCUGCCGUCAAGGCUUAGCUCAGGAUAGAUGAGACACAUGCAGGCGGCAGCAUCACUUUUCCACUCGCCCUCGCCAGGUAAACCUCCACCUUCCUUAAUCACCCACCUGCAGAGAGAAAGGUAAAGGAUGAGCACUCGUGUUUUAUUGCUGAGUCUUUGAGUUGCCUCAGAGUAGCAUAGUCUGUGUCUGUGUCUGUUGAUCUGUGGAGGGAUGUUACUGUGCUUACGAUGACCAACUGUUGGCCUGUGUGGGACUGUCCAGGCUCCUCGCUGAAGGAGAGGCAGGGCUCUCUGUGGACGAUGAACCGCUACACCACGCUGAGGCAGCUGGGGGACGGCACGUAUGGCAGCGUGCUCCUGGGGAAGAGCAACGACACGGGGGAGAUGGUGGCCAUUAAGAGAAUGAAGAGGAAGUUUUAUUCGUGGGAUGAGUGCUUGAGUCUAAGAGAGGUUAAGUCACUGAAGAAGCUGAACCAUGCCAAUGUGGUGAAACUGAGGGAAGUGAUCAGAGAAAACGACCACCUCUACUUUGUCUUUGAGUAUAUGAAAGAAAACCUCUAUCAGCUCAUGAAAGAAAGAAACAAGUUGUUCCCUGAGUCACUCGUCAGAAACAUGACAUUUCAGAUAUUACAGGGACUGUCCUUUAUUCAUAAACAUGGGUAUUUCCAUCGGGACAUGAAGCCGGAGAACUUGCUCUGCAUGGGCCCAGAGCUGGUGAAGAUCGCUGACUUUGGACUAGCCAGAGAGAUCCGCUCACAGCCACCUUACACUGACUAUGUGUCCACAAGAUGGUACCGGGCCCCGGAGGUUCUGUUAAAGUCUAACUGCUACAGCUCACCCAUCGACAUCUGGGCGGUGGGAUGCAUCAUGGCGGAGCUGUACACUCUCAGACCUCUGUUCCCUGGAAACAGCGAGGUGGACGAGAUCUUCAAGAUCUGUCAGGUGCUGGGAACGCUGAAGAAGCCAGACUGGCCUGAGGGCGUCAAGCUUGCCACCUCGAUGAACUUCCGCUUCCCAAAGUGCGUCCCCACCAGCCUCAGAUCUCUGAUCCCAAACGCCAGCAGCGAGGCGAUCACACUGAUGAGAGACAUGCUGCAGUGGGACCCUGAGAAGAGACCCAGUGCUGUUCAGGCUCUACGGUAUCCAUACUUCCACGUCGGCCCGGCGCUCGGUGCUCCUCUGAAGAACUCGGAGCAGCACAAGGCUCAGCCAAAGAUGUACGAGGCGUCUUCAGGAACAAAGCCUCUGUCCCUCUGUAAGACGGACCUGGAGUCCAGCGAGCAGAGUAGCACCCAGAGAUGCAGCCAGUCUCUGCACCAGCCUCUUCAGCAGAUACUUCUCCCUCAGAACAACAUGGAACAAAACCCAAAACAAACAAUGUGUUCUUCCACGCUGACACAGGGACAGCAGGAACCCCUCAGCCUGGUGAAAAGCAGGCAACCAAUGAGCUAUCAGGCUCCGAUAGGAGCAGAGAACAGCAUGAGUGCAGUGAGGACGGGACGCAGACGCUGGGGACUGGCGUCUAACAGAUCUGAGGACAGCUGGGACGACGGAGAGGAGGCAGACGCCGGAGUCUCCAUCUCCAAAAAGCCCACCAUCAGCUCUCUGAAGGACGGGGCAGCAGAGGGGCCCAGCUGUCGAUUGGCAGAGUCGCAGAACAAAGCAGAAAGAAAGCUGCCGAGCAACAGUGGGCUGAACCGAGCUGAAUCCUCCACGCUGUCCGCCAAGCAGCACUACCUCCGCCAGUCCAGAUAUCUGCCCGGCAUAAAUCCAAAGAACAGCUCUUUAGCAGAAAGCCCGGUGACCGGCAGAAACCUGUGGGGCGCCUCGGGUUUAACCAGAGAAAAGACGCCAGAGUUUCCUCUAAAUAAAGACAAUAGUCUUCCUAAACUAACAGAUCAGCAGCCUCUUAAAGAAAAGACUCUGGAGGAUCGCGAUCUUUCUAAAGACUCCUUCCUGAGCAACAAAAACCCAAACCAGACACAGAUGCCCCCUUUUCAGAAGGCUGAACCAGGAUCAGCGAGACAGAGGAUCACACUGGCCCCCAUAGGAGGCAGCUCUGCCAUGGAUCUAAGAGUUGAGUCUAAAAUCAAAUCAUCCAAGAACAAGACCUCCUUAAAUAAACUACUACCCUCAAACAAAGAGCACGAAGGGUGGAGGAGCCGAUCUCUGAAUCCUCCGAUCUCUGGACCCAGCGCCUCAGGGUGGAGCUCUUUACCGAGGAGCUCGACCCUGCAGCCGGUGCACGGACGGGUCGACUGGACCGCCAAAUACAAAGGAAACCAGUAGCACCAGUCCACUCUGCACCACUAAAGACUCAUGAGACCAGUUCCCACUGCACGAGAGCCAGGAAAUACUCUAAAGGAGAAGUGUUUCCUGCUAGUCUGUUACAUUUGCCACCUUAAAAAAUAUUGUUCAGUGUCGUACAUGUGUCCCAUAACUCCUAGAGUCAGUAUUUUAUUUCAAUAAUAGACAAUGAAGUCGUUAUAUUGUAUUAAAGUUUUUUAUUUUACAACAGCAGAUAUAUUUUUAAAGAUAAAAACAUUACUUUUCUGUAUAAAAAUGUAUUUUCUUUCUCGUACCUUAUCUUAUAAAGUCACAUUUUAUAUCACAUGUUUUAUACAGAACCAGAAUGUAAUAGUAAACAAGGGAAUGUUUGUGAAUGUACAGUAUGUGGAAACACAAAUUAUUAAUUGUAAUGUCAAACAUGCAUUGACACACUGAAAAAACAUCUGUACAUAUUUUUAAGAUGUAUGUGGUUUCUUUUGCAUGCCAGCGAUGAUCUUCACCAGCAUCAGUCCACUGAAAAUAAACAUUUACAACAGAA